AUGUCGACGACGACGACGACAACGACGACAACGACAACAGCAGUAGCUCACACCAGAAGGUCUGCUUCUUCUUCCUCGAAGAGGGCCAUUUCAGUCAAAACGACGCUUCGAACGCUGUACGACCAGGCUAAACAUGCGUUUCUGCAACGAAAUCUCGCGCUUGCAGACAAACUCGUCACACAAGCCUUUAUGCAACUCGGUCCACCAGUCUCACAUACUCAUAUUCUGGGGUCUAAUGGCGUGAACACAGCAGGCGCGACGGGAGACGCCCUGGAGUCGCAGCGCAGAAAGUGGGAUAUACUACGAAUCACGCUCCAAACUACAGUAUACACGUCACAAUCAUCGAGAUCAGAUAUUUCCCCUUACCAGUUUCUCGAACGCCUGCAUUCGCAGUCGCUAAAGCUCUUUACUUCAAUAGACGCCCCACCGUCGAUUGCAAACGUACCUGAUCAGGUCGUGCUGCUGCUCAUCGUGAGCUCGUUGAAACUGGACGAAGUGCGGGUUGGAAAAGAAUGGGUGGAAGAAUGGCUUGUCUCGCGUCGCCCAUCCAGCGACCCGGAGCCGACUGAGACACCGGAUGGGAUACUACCAAUGACGAGCUAUGAGCGGAUUGUGGACGUAUAUCUCCUUCACAUCCUCCCGCGGCUUGGAUUGUGGGAUGACGCCUUUGAAUUUCUCAAGUAUGAGGCCGAAAUGAGGCCAGAAGUGAAAGAGCGCAUUGCCCAGGCCUUACACGCCCAGCAAAAGGCGCAAGGGGCAGGAAGCUCAAACAGCUCCCGUGCCUCCUCGCCCACCCCAUCUCUCGCGUCGUCUACAUCUACCGUAUCCGCUACAUCCAGAGUCAGCCCUCCGCGACCAGCAUCAGCAGCCUCGAUAUCGAGCUCAGCCUCCACCGCGACUGUUCGUCCAUCUUACCCGCAACCUCUACAACCGAAUGGUGUGCCUGUCAGGAUGACGGCUGUCUUGGAUGCCAAGGGCAAAGGACGCGCCAAUGGGCAUGUAGCAGAUACUAAUGCUCAUGGCCACGCUCUUUCUAUGGCGCCCAAUCAACAAAAUGGGUCAAGGAUUGCCCCCUUGCCCGAGCCGCAUCUAUCCUCUGAUCGACCAUCUUCCUCCACACGUUCAUCAUCUUCGGCUCAUGGAGAUGGAACGCUCGCAUCCCAUCCCGGUCGCACAUUCAUCCCGAUAAAUGUGCAGCAACUAUUCACCUAUUAUUAUUUGCACUUCGCCGAAAUACUUAAUCAUCAGUUUGGAUUGGCACUCCCGACAAAUUUCACCUCCCAACAGUCGGCUGGGAAGCCGGGAAGCGUGAGCCUAUGGCACGUCAUAACGGUUAUUGUCCCAUUUGCGCUGGCUCUCCAUCUAUUUUCGCGGAUAUGGCGCGUACGAUCCACAGACCGUAUCUCUGGCGCCGGCGAGAUCGCGAGGCGGCGUCUACGAGGUCAAAAAUCCACUGUUGGGCCUAAUCUUGGUCUUGACUUCUGGAAAGCGGCCAUGCGUGCUAUCACGGAUGCGGUCAGUAUGGGUUCUCGAGGUCUCGUCUAG